CAGCCGUCCAGAUAGAUUCCAGUCAUCGUUUUUUGCUCGUGUGUGAAGUCGUCUGCUUUGGAUACAUCCUCAGUUAGAUCUAGAUCAUCAGUGAGGAUUAUCUGUCGUGGUGAACUGAGGAAACUCAGCAGUUUCUGAGAAUCGACUCUUUCUUGAUUUCUCCCUCCCAGACCAGUCCCAUGUCGACGUGAGCGAAGCUCAAAUUAUAGAAAUCGUGUAUAUGGUGGAUUGAUAGAUACAUUGCUCAAAUAUACUACCUACAGCACAUUGAACGCUACCUACCAGACCCGCCUCGAAGAUGGCCUCGACCGCGCCAGAAAUGAACGCCGACGCCGAGUCGGGUUACUUCAACAACUUCCCGCCGCCCAAGUCCCUCCCCAAACACGAAGCCCUCGCUCGAGCGUUCAUCGACUAUCAUGUGGAAGCCAACCGGCGGGUGGUGCUCGUCACGUCUGGCGGCACCACCGUGCCGCUGGAAAACCAGACCGUGCGAUUCAUCGACAACUUCUCCGCCGGAACGAGAGGUGCCACGUCGGCCGAGUACUUCCUGCAGGAAGGGUAUGCGGUGAUCUUCCUACAUCGGCAGUUCAGUCUGCUGCCGUACUCGCGGCAUUACAGCCACUCGACCAAUUGUUUCCUGGACUUCAUGGACGAAGCGGCGACGGGGUCGGACCAGGGGCCCGUCAUGGUGCGCAACGAAUACCAGGACGAGAUGCGGGACGUGUUGAGGAAAUACCGAUACGCGAAGAAGAACAACCUUCUGCUGCUGCUGCCGUUUACGACGAUCGCCGAGUACCUGUUUGAACUACGGUCGCUGUCUCAAUUGAUGCGACCGCUGGGACCAAAUGCGCUCUUCUACCUGGCGGCCGCGGUGAGCGACUUUUUCAUCCCCCGCGAUCGCAUGGCCGAGCACAAGAUCCAGUCGUCCGAGCUGCCUCCAGAAUUCAGCAAGAGCGACGAAGCGAUCGACUCGUCGGACAUCUACACCGGCGGACUCGACGCCACGGCCCCCAGCAAUAGCAAGAAGCUGGUCAUCGACCUGGACCCGGUGCCCAAGUUCCUGCACCGGUUGGUGGACGGCUGGGCGCCCGACGGCAGCAUGAUCGUGUCAUUCAAGCUGGAGACGGAUCCCAACCUGUUAGUGUACAAGGCACAGACGGCCCUGAAACGGUAUUCCCAUCAUCUCGUUAUCGGGAACCUCCUCUCGACGCGUAAGUGGGAGGUGGUCUUCGUCACGCCCGACGCGCCGUACGAGCGAUGGAUUCGCGUGCCGAAAUCUCGACGCAGCAAGAGCAUCUCGGGCGCAGAGGACCAGGUUGGACUGGCCGAAGCAGCGGGCGGCCAUCCCGGGCAGAGCGGCGAGGCGCAGCAGAGCGACAGCGGACCGGAGGGAGUCGAGAUCGAGAACCUGAUCAUCCCCGAGCUGGUGAAGCUACACUCGAAGAAGAUCACGACGCACCAGAGCAAGGCGUGAGGGUCGGUCGGGGAUGCUGUAUGCAACGGACAUUAAGGGGGAGGCUCUUCGGCGACCGUUGAGAACAGAUGGUCUUUUUCGCAGGCAUGGCGUUGAUUGGACGGAGUGUCCUUCAACGCUCAAGAAUAAAUUAAGCCCUGAUCUGGAUGAGACCGGCACCAGAUUGAAUUCUGAUUGUCGGUGGAGAAAAGCGUCGCGGGUUGUCGUCAUCGCGCGGACGAUCGAGGAGGGACUAGUCCGCGAGUGUACGUAGUUAGUUGUAGCCAGUGUACUCCGUACCACAUAGUUGGCAGGGAGAACCCUUCAGGGGCAACAAUGCAAAUGCCAGAAUUCCUGCAAGUGCAUGCCGGGAGUGAGGAAUCU